GUCACUGCGCAGCGAGUCUCGUGUGUUUACGUGGAGAAACAUGGCGGUGAUUGUUGCCGUAAAGCCCGAAUAAACUGUAGAGAAAACCCGACAGCUGUACCGGUAAACCGGACCGGACGCUCAUGUCAGCCGUGCACGUGUAGUGCUUUGUGUGUGUGUCGUGUUUGUGACACGCGUGUGUUCGUGUUCAACUACAGGAACCGCAGAGAUGAUGGAGGACGACGAGCGACAGAAGAAACUACAGGCCGGCAAAGCCAAGCUGGCCGAGUACCGGCAGAGGAAAGCUCAGUCUGAUGGACAGAAGAAGCAAAAGAAGAAGAAAAAGAAAGCUGAGUCAGAUGUGGAGGAGCAGAGGAGAGAUGAUGGAGAUCAGACUGUAGGAGAUCAGACGACUGUCUUCUCCCUCUCAAAGACUCUUCAUAGUGGAGAAACCGUCACACAUGAUCAGACUUACACCAUAGAGCCGGAGAGUGAGGUGUCCACGACAGCAGAAGACUGUUCAUCAGAGGUUAAUGGUUUCCUGGAGAGAACAGGAAUGACGUCCGUGAUGGCGGAUGAGGAGUCGCACGUGGAGACUGACCUGCAGAGCGGUGGACCUCAUAGUCCGACACAGAUCAUGCAGGACGAGUUAGCCGCUAAAACCCUGGCCAUGGAGGAACUGAGUCGAGAGCUGGAGGAGAUCAGGGCUGCGUUUGGAGUUGAAGGAGUACAGCAGCUGCAGGACUUUGAGGAGGCGUUGAAGCAGAGAGAUGAAAUCAUCACACAGCUGACUGCUAACCUGCAGCAGGCACGAGCGGAGAAAGAGGAAGUGAUGAGAGAGUUUCUGGAACUGACGGAGCAAAGCCAAAAACUUCAGAUUCAGUUUCAGCAGCUUCAGGCUGGUGAGAUUCUGCGAAGCUCCAACAUCAGCUCCACUACUGCGGAUCUUCUACAAGCCCGUCAGCAGAUAUCACUGUACCAACAACAGCUGGAGGAGAAGGACACAAAGGUGAAAGGUCACCAAGAGAAGACAGAGGAACAUUUGUUAUUGAUUACACAUCUUCAGGAAAGGCUGGCUGAAGCUGAGAGGGUCCGCACACAAACUGAAGAAUCAUUUGCUCAGCGUUUAAGAGAUAAAGAACUGCUGAAUGUUGAACAACAGCGUCUGAUCUCAGAGCACCUGCAGACUUUAUCUCAAGUCCAAGAUCAACUGUUGACUUCCACACAACAACUCGAGGAAGUCAACAAACAUUUGGUCGCAAAAAGCCAGGAGCUGGAGAACUGUGAAAGAGAGCUCUCCGUUUCCAGGGAGAAAGAGCGAAUGUCAUCUGGAGAAAUAUUACAGCUUAUGAAAACUGUAGAGGACCUUCAACAACGCUGCCAUCAGGGCAGCCAAUCAGAAGGUGAGAUCAAGCAGAGAAUGGAAGAAGAUUGGACACGGCGAAUGGAUCAGCUACGGGCUGAACUGGAUGAAAUGUACGGAGAGCAGAUUGUUCAAAUGAAACAGGAACUUCGGGUUCAACACGCGUCAGAUUUGGAUCGAAUCCAAGAGCGGCAUUCAGCGGACACGGAGAAGAUAUUCCUGCAGCAUCAUUCAGAGUUGGAGAGGUUCAAAGGUCAGCUGUCUCACAGCACCGGAGACGUAGGCGUUCUAAACACAACGGUCAUUGAACUGCAACAGAAGCUGCAGGAAUCGCAGGAAUUGUGUGAUAAGGCGGAGCGGGAACUGAAAUGGAGGAGCGCAGAAAAUAUCGAUCUGGUGAACCAAGUCGAGCGUUUACACCAGGAGUUGCAGUCUGCAAGAGUGGAAGUGGAAUUAAGAUCCAAGAGUCCAGAGAAAAUCCAGACAGAAAUGCAAAUGCUUCGCGACGCAAUUACUGACCUGCAGGCGCAGCUGGCCGCUGCACAGAAGGCCACCGGUGACCUUGAGGCCAAGCACGAAUCCGAAGUCACCAACUACAAGAUCAAACUCGACAUGCUGGAGCGGGAAAAAGACGCCGUGCUGGACCGGAUGGCAGAAUCCCAGGAAGCCGAGCUGGAGCGCUUGAGAACGCAGCUGCUGUUCAGCCACGAGGAGGAGCUCGUGCAACUCCGAAACGACCUGCAGCGAGAAAGCCUCCUCAACGGGGAGAACUUGAGAGACGAGAUGGCCGUAAGACACCGCGAGGCAGUGGAACUCUUAAGAAUGGAUUUCGAGGACAAAGCGAGGUCCGUUGAGAACGAGAGGGCGGUUUUAGCUGCAGAGAGAGAUGCACUACGUCAUGAGGUCAUGGCUCUGAAAAACGAUCUGAAUCAGGCACUUGAGAAUCUAAAACAGAAAGACAAAAUGAAAGAGGAAAACUGGGAGAAGGAAAGAAAAGACAUGGAGUCUGAGAAUAAGACAUUGAAAGAGACAAACACGGCCAUGAGGGACGAACUGACAAACUUAAAAGCAGAUCGUGAAAUUCUUGAGGAGAAAACUGAACGUCUGUCUUUGGAAAACCAACAAACGCGUGCACUAUUGAAAGACCUUCAGGAUGAGAUAGAAAAGCAGAGGAAUACUUUCUCUUUUGCUGAGAAGAACUUUGAGGUGAACUACCAGGAGCUGAAGGACGAGUAUACAUGCCUGGUGAAUACAAAAGUUCAGCUCGAGGAGCGUUUGAUCAAACAAAUGAUGCAUUACGAGACCAAACUCCGAGAUCUCCACGUGGAGCUUCAGACGGGUACCCUGAGGGACAAAACCGAGGAUGAGGAGGUAGAUGGGAAAACGCUGGUAGAAAAAGAUUCAACUGAGUUGAUGGAAAAACUGGAGACGUCUGAGAGAGAGAAGACGAUGUUGGCACUAAGACUCUCUGAAACAGUCGCUCAGUUGACGUUGAUGGAGGCUGACGUCAAACGUCUUGAAGAGGAGCUGAAGAGAGACAGAGAUGAGACUGUUGUGAGACAUAAAGAGCGACAGGUUGAGCUUAUUGAAGACCGCAGUGUCUCUAGCGGGCUGUGCUCUGUAGAAACUCAUCACAUGCACAUCAGCUCUUUAAGAGAGGAGACGGAGACGCUUAAAUCGUCUCUGCCGAGUGCAGAACAAGAGCGCCGUGUCCUGACGCAGGAAAAAUCAGCACUUGUUGAGCGACUGGCCUCAUAUGGGGGGGUGAACAGAGACCCCUCCUCUCAUCCAGCGGCUCAACGGAGCGAGGGAGGAGAGAGAGAGAGUACUACAGCAGACUCGCUCUAUGUACGCACACACGCAGCGACGCAUGAAGACCUGCUCACGGAUGGCAAGCGCAGACACCCGCAGCAGGUGAAAACUGAAGAUCCUCAGGAUGAUGGGGACUCGAUCAGAUCUCAGUGUUUGAUGGCGACGCAGGACAUGGGCGACUCUGAUCAUGAUGAGUGUCGUCUGCAGUUGGAGGCUCAGCGCAUCAGUCUGUCUCAGAUUCAUGCCGCUCAGCUGGAGCUGCUCAGAGAGAGUCUACUUGCGCAGCUGCGCAGCCGAGAGCAGGAGCUGCAGGAUGCACACGAGAGGGAGCUGCGGUGUUUGCGGGAGGAGUUUAUGAGCGUGCCGCAGGGGGUCAGGGGUCAGUCAGCAGAGCUGAAGGUGGAGUUUGAGGAUCUGGAGGAGAGACACAGACAGGAGAUUGAGCGACUGAAGAUUUACUACCAUGAGCAGAUGAAGGACACAGAGGAGCGCUACUCUGCUGAGGUUCUCCUGCUCAAGAGGAGACUACAGGAGCGUACAGGAGCAGAAGAGAUCUUCAGCACAUCGAGCAUCUGUCCACCCCUGACAAGUGUCAAACAUGAACAUCCUCAGGAUCAGGAGUCUCUCUCUGUAGAUGUUGAAGUAGAGCUGGCGUCUGCAGGUCUGUCACAUGAGCUGCAGGCUCUGCAGAAGGCUCAGUAUGAGAGCUCAUGUGAGGGGCUGGAGAGAAACGUUCAGGAGCAUCAGAUGAGCUCUCAUCCAGAGGAUACGGAUCUCAGACACUUACAGGAGAAACAUCACCGAGAGCUGCUGGAGGAGGAGAUCGCAAAGGUAAUCGUGCAGAUGUCAGUUGAAUUUGCUCAGCACACCGAACACACGAGACUGAGUAAACGGGCCAGAGAGACGAGCACAUCGACACAGACACAGAACACUGAGACUGAACAGAGACUGACAGAUGAGCAGUCGGAUGCUGUAUCCAUGGCAACAGCACAGUCAUGCACACAGUCUUCUGAUGAAGAGCAAACUAUCACUCAACACAGACCAGAAGAUGAUGAAGAUGAGCACAGAGACACUCCACCAGAGCUACCUGAUGAUGAAGAGCAGCAGCGUGGGGUUGUGCUGGCAGAGGACUUUAGUUCAGAGCUCAUCCAGCAGGAAGAGGAACACACGCGUGUGCUAGAGUCAAUCAGAGCUUCACACACACAUCAGAUGGAGUUUCUUCAGGAACACAACACACAACUCACAGCACAGAUACACACACUCAACCAACAACUCCUGCAGCAGAGAGAGCAGGAGCUGUUAAAGGAGAGAGAGAGACAGAGAGACGAUCAAACGUAUCCCAGCAUGCAAAGCAGCAGCACACAGACAGAGCAGAGGAGAGAAGAGGAGGAGGAGACGAAGAGCGAUGGUCGUGAGAGACCUCUGACAUCACAUCAACCUGCACAAGACUCCACAUCUGACAUCAUAACCACAGAGAGAGACCUGCUGCGAAAAGCAAACAGUCGUCUGCGUCUGGUGCUGAUCGAUGUGCUGAAGACGACCGCGGCUGCGGAGGAAACCAUCGGCCGUCACGUCGAGGGAAUCCUGCAGUCGUCCUGUAAGGGUCAACUCAAAGCCACCUGUCCGGCGGAGGACCCGUACAGCGGUCCCCUGAGAGAUGCGUUUUCUGAAAGUUUCCAUGGCAGUGAGACGGGCGCUGAUGAUGUCAGCAUGUUUUCAGGGGAGAUUGAUGAGGGGCUGGAGAUGUCUCAGAGGAGCCAGGGGGUGGAGCUACAGCUGCAUGAGGCGGAGCUUCAGCUAGAGAGGGAGGAGUAUCUGAUGAGCAUCAGUACACGACUGCAGAGCGCAGUGGAGAAACUUCUCAACACCAUCACUGAGACAACCACCGAGCUGGAACAUGCACACAUCACAAAGACCGAGCUCAUGCGAGAAAAGUUCAGGCAUAAUGAGGAGAUGGAGGAGCUGAUCCACAGACAGGAGGAGCUGCAGGAGCGUCUGCGUCAGGAGGCAAGAGGUCGAGAACAGCUGGCGCUGGAGCUGCACAAGGCUGAAGGUUUGAUUGACGGCUACACCGGAGAGCGUUUGGCGUUGGAGCAGCAGGUCCGAGAGCGCGCAGAGCUGCAGCGGCACCUGGAGCAAGAACUGCGAGUGACCGGCAAUCGUCUGCGCGAACUCGAACAAGAGAGAUGCCAGAUGCAGCAGGAGCGAGAGCUGUUGUCACGGCAACAAGACGCCAUGAGAGACGGGGCGGGAUCUCGAGAGCUACGACUAGUUGACGCUGCGCUUGAAGCAGCACCUGAAGCAGACCUGCUGGAGGAGACGGAGAAGCUGAUGGCAGAGAAGGUGGAGGUGCAGCUGCAGGCACAGAAGGAGAGCAGCGAGCUCCUCCUACAGGUGAAGCAGUUAGAGGCGGAGCUUGAGGAGCAGGUGAGCCGAGUGCAGGAGCUGGAGGAGGCGCGCAGGAGCGAGGGAGCCGACCUCAGACAGCAGAUACAGGCCUUAGAAAAACAACUGGAGAACAACCGCAAGUUCAUGGAUGAGCAGGCAGCCGAUAGAGAACAUGAGCGGGACGUCUUCCAGCAGGAGAUUCAGACCUUGGAGCAACAGCUGAAGAACCCACUUAAAACACAAGCAGCCAAUGAGCACAGAGACAGAGAGGUGCAGGAGUUGAAGAGCGCGCUGCAGGAGAAGUCAGACUGGUGCAGUGAGCUGCUCUUAAAAUCUGAGCAGCUGCAGCGAGAUGUGCAGGAGAGAAAUGAGGAGAUUGAGACACUGGGAGCUCGUCUGAGAGAACUGGAGCUCAUGCACAGGGUUGAGGAGGUUCAGCAUGUGUCUAUGGCUGUCAGAGCGAGUGACAUCACACUGGAGGCACAGCUGCAGACAGAGAGAGAUGCUCUGGACAGGAAGGAGAAAGAGAUACUGAAUCUAGAGGAGCAGCUGGAGCAGUUUCGUGAGGAGCUACAGAAUAAAAGCGAAGAGGUGAAUCAACUUCACAUGCAGCUAGAGAUUCAGAGGAAGGAGAUCAGCAGUAACCAGCAGGACCUGCAGGCCCAAAGCCGACUCAAACAGGUCUUGGAGGAGAAGGACGGGCAAAUAGCCGUUCUUAACACACAGAUCACUAAACUACAGCACACAGGAACAGAACCAAAGAAAGAGGUGGUGAAGGAGAAAGACGAAGUUGUCCGUGACUUGGAGGCUCAGGUGGAACACCUAAAGAAUGAACAGGAGCAUCUGAGGAGAAACAAGGAGGAGGAAGUCGACCAGCUUAAUGCAGUCAUUGAGAAACUCCAGCAGGAGCUGUCACACAUUGAGCACAAACAGCCUGUAGAGGAGGAGACAUCAGUGGAGAAGGACGAAUAUGAUGAAAUGAAGCAGAAAAUCGACGAGGUCACCAAAGAACUUGACACGCUAAAAUCCGAUCACCAUUCUCUUCUGAACAAAUAUGAAGGUCUACAACAGGAGGUGCUCACUGGGAGACACACUGAGACUGUGGGGAAGCUGGAGGAGGCACUGGCAGAGAACAAAGAUGGAGUUCUCUGUGAGUUGAAGGCUCAGGUGGACCACCUACAAAGUGAACAGGAGCGUCUGAGGAGAAACAAGGAGGAGGAAGUCGACCAGCUCAAUGCAGUCAUCAAGAAACUCCAGCAGGAGCUGUCGCACACUGUGCACAAACAGCCUCAGGAGGAGGAGACGUCAGUGGAGAAGGCCGAAUACGAUGAAAUGAAGCAGAAAACCGACAAAGUCCCUAAAGAGCUCGACACACUAAAAUCAGAUCACCAUUCUCUUCAGAACAAAUAUGAAGGUCAACAACAAGAGGUGCUUACUGGGAGACACGCUGAGACUGUGACAGAGCUGAAGGAGUCACUGGGGGAGGAGAAAGAUGAAGUUCUCCGUAAGUUGGAGGCUCAGGUGGAACACCUACAGAGUGAACAGGAGCGUCUGAUGAGAAACAAGGAGGAAGAAAUCAACCAACUCAAUGCAGUCAUCAAGAAACUCCAACAGGAGCUGUCACACUUCGACCACAAACAGCCUCAGGAGGAGGAGACGUCAGUGGAGAAGGCCAAAUACGAUGAAAUGAAGCAAAAAAUUGACAAGGUCCCUAAAGAGCUUGACGGGCUAAAAUCUGAUCACCAUUCUCUUCGGAACAAAUUUGAAGGUCAACAACAAGAAGUGCUUACUGGGAGACACACUGAGACUGGAGGGGAGCUAAAGGAUGCACUGGGGGAGAACAAAAAUGAAGUUCUCCAUAAGUUGGAGGCUCAGGUGGAGCACCUUAAGAGUGAACAGGAGCUUCUAAGGAGAAACAAGGAAGAGGAAGUCAAUCAGCUCAACGCAGUCAUCAAGAAACUCCAGCAGGAGCUGUCGCAAAUUGAGCACAAACAGCCUCAGGGGGAGGAGACAUCAGUGGAGAAGGCUGAACACGACAAAAUGAAGCAGAAGAUUGACGAGGUCACCAGAGAGCUUGACACACUAAAAUCAGAUCACCAUUCUCUUCUUAACAAAUAUAAAGGUUUACAACAGGAGGUGGUUACUGGGAGACACACCGAGACUGUGGCAGUGCUGGAGGAGGCACUGGGGGAAGAGAAAGAUGAAGUUCUCUGUAAAUUGGAGGCUCAGGUGGAACACCUACCAAGUGAACAGGAGUCUUUGUGGAAAAACAAGGAGGAGGAAGUUGACCAGCUCAAGGCAGUCAUCAAGAAACUCCAGCAGGAGCUGUCGCACAUCAAGCACAAACAGCCUCAGGAGGAGGAGACAUCAGUGGAGAAGGCAGAAUAUGACAAAAUGAAGCAGAAGAUCAAUGAGGUCACCAAAGAGCUUGACACACUAAAAUCCGAUCACCAUUCUCUUCUGAACAAAUAUGAAGGUCUACAACAGGAGGUGCUUACUGGGAGACACACUGAGACUGGGGGAAAGCUGGAGGAGGCACUGGGGGAAAACAAAGAUGAAGUUCUCUGUAAGCUGGAGGCUCAGGUGGAACACCUACCAAGUGAACAGGAGUCUCUGAGGAAAAACAAAGAGGAGGAAGUUGACCAGCUUAAUGCAGUCAUCGAGAAACUCCAGCAGGAGCUGUCGCACAUUAAGCACAAACAGCCUCAGGAGGGGGAGACGUCAGUGGAGAAGGCCGAAUAUGACGAAAUGAAGCAGAAGAUCAAUGAGGUCACCAAAGAGCUCGACACACUAAAAUCAGAUCACCAUUCUCUUCUGAACAAAUAUGAAGGUCUACAACAAGAGAUGCUUAGUGGGAGACACACCGAGACUGUGACAGAGCUGAAGGAGUCACUGGGGGAGGAGAAAGAUGAAGUUCUCCGUAAGAUGGAGGCUCAGGUGGAACACCUACAGAAUGAACAGGAGCAUCUGAGGAGAAACAAGGAGGAAGAAAUCAACCAGCUCAAUGCAGUCAUCAAGAAACUACAGCAGGAGCUGUCGCACAUUGAGCACAAACAGCCUCAGGGGGAGGAGACGUUAGUGGAGAAGGCCGAAUAUGAUGAAAUGAAGCAGAAAACCGACAUGGUCCCUAAAGAGCUCGACACGCUGAAAUCCGAUCACCAUUCUCUUCGGAACAAAUUUGAAGGUCAACAACAAGAGGUGCUUACUGGGAGACACACUGAGACUGUCGCAGUGCUGAAGGAGUCACAGGGGGUAGGGAAAGAUGAAGUUCUCCGUAAGUUGGAGGCUCAGGUGGAACACCUACAGAGUGAACAGGAGUCUCUGAGGAGAAACAAGGAAGAGGAAGUCAACCAGCUCAACGCAGUCAUCAAGAAACUCCAGCAGGAGCUGUCGCACUUCGACCACAAACAGCCUCAGGAAGAGGGGACGUCAGUGGAGAAGGCUGAACACGACAAAAUGAAGCAGAAGAUUGACGAGGUCACCAGAGAGCUUGACACGCUAAAAUCUGAUCACCAUUCUCUUCUAAACAAAUAUGAAGGUCUACAACAAGAUAUGCUCACUGGGAGACACACUGAGACUGUGGGGAAGCUGGAGGAGGCACUGGGGGAGAACAAAGAUGAAGUUCUCCAUAAGUUGGAGGCUCAUGUGGAGCACCUUAAGAGUGAACAGGAGUCUCUGAAAAGAAACAAGGAGGAGGAAGUUGACCAGCUCAAUGCAGUCAUCAAGAAACUCCAGCAAGAGCUGUCGUCCAUUCAGCACAAACAGCCUCAGGAGGAGACAUCAGUGGAGAAGGCCAAAUAUGAUGAAAUGAAGCAGAAGUUUGAUGAGGUCACCAAAGAGCUUGACACACUAAAAUCCGAUCACCAUUCUCUUCUGAACAAAUAUGAAGGUCAACAACAAGAGGUGCUUACUGGGAGACACACUGAGACUGUGGCAGAGCUGGAGGAGGCAUUGCGAGAGAAAACAGCUGCGUUUGUGGUGGUCCAGGCUCAGGUUCAGGCACUAGAGGAGAGUGCCAGUUCAAAGAUCAUGGAUCUGAGUCAGCGCGUUAAGGAACUUGAGAUGUGUGUUGAGGAGAAAGAUUCUGAGCUGCGUGCCUGCAGAAUAAAGGUGGAAGAAGCGCAAAUUGACGCUGAUGCUCUGCUCUCUAAAGUCACCCAGCUUGAGGAGAAACUUCGGGAGAAGGUGGCCGCUGUGCUGGUCUCUCAAGCCCAGCUAGGAGCUGUCCAAACACAAAGCAAAGAGCUCCAUGAUGAGGCUCAUCCAAAGGACGUGACAUCAGAACUGAGCGGCACAACUGCACAACUGAAAUCUAAGGACUCCGGUGUACAUCUUGAGUCUGAGGGCUCCACUGUGCAGCAACCUAAGAUCCCCAGUGUAAAUCUUGAGUCUAAGGGUUCCACUCUGCAGCUGGAUUCUCAGAGCCCCACCGUCCAGCAGCAAUCUAAGGAGUCAGGUGUACAUAUUGAGUCUAAGGGCCCCACUGUGCAGCUGGAUUCUCAGAGCCCCACUGUCCAGCAGCAAUCUAAGGAGUCCGUUGUACAUAUUGAGUCUAAGGGCCCCACUGUGCAGCUGGAUUCUCAAAGCCCCAAUGUGCAGCAGCAAUCUAAGGAGUCCGGUGUACAUCUUGAGUCUGAAGGCCCUAAUAUCCAGCCUGAGUCUGAGGGCGCUAGGUCACAGGUCGUAGCACCAACACUAACACCUGCCGGGAAACUUAGCAUUCUGAGAGAGAAAUUAAAGGAGCUUGAGGAGGGGUUGAGCGGGAUGCAGAAGGAUCAGGAGUUACAGAAGUAUCUGUUGUGCAGCUCUGAAGAGGAGGUCCAGGAGUAUAAGAAGAGAUUAGCUGUUCUGAUGGACCUGCUGAACCAAAUGAGAACCAGACCUACCCAGCACAGACCAGAGUCAUCUGAUGAGGUGUCAGAUGGCAGCCAAUCAGUGUCCAGGGAGCUGCAGGAGGUCGAAGGUGAAGCUGCAUCCACUAAAGAGGAGUUGAACUGCUACAGAGAGCUGAGCCAUAAACUACAGGAGGAAAUUGAGAUAAAGGAGAGCACUAUUGCACAGCUCCAGACGGCCCUCAACCAGGUGUCAGCGGGUGUCACACGUGAAGGAGACGUGGCCGAAGCUGAGAAACUCCUUCAGGAGCUGCAGGAUGUCAAAGCUCAGCUGGUCAUCACACAACAAGAGCUGGACACUUACAGGGAGCAGAGUGUUCGACUGCAGGAGCUGGUACAGGAGAGAGAAAUGAAUGUCGCACUGUUGAAGGAUCAACUUCACAAGCAUGCAUCACAAGAGGGCGACCAGUCCACAUCAGAUCUUCUGCAGGAGCUACAAGAGGUCAAAGAUGAAGCUGCGUCUGCCAAAGAGGAGUUAAACAGCUACAGGGAGCGCAGCCUUAAACUGCAGGAGCAGAUCGAGGUCAGAGAUGUGUCCAUCGCCCAACUGAAAGAGGAAGUUCAGGAACUGCAGGCAGCUGUGACCAGAGCCAGCGACGAGCCACUAUCUCACCCCAAAAAGAAACAUGGAGACAACAGAAAGCAUCAUGGGGAUGACAAAACGGCCCCACUUUCUCAAGAAAACUCCACUGACCAAUCAAAACGCUCCACACCCUCAGCGUCACCAAGCGGGACCCCCGGACCAUCUCGUGUGGACGCGGGGACGCAGGCUGACCUGCCCGGAGCAGAUGAUGUGGCGGAGAUGAUCGAGGGCUACACGGAGAAGAUCGGACAGAUGCAGGAGCUCCACGCCGCUGAGAUCAUGGACAUGGAGGCCAGACACAUCUCAGAGAGCGAGAGUUUGAAGAGAGAGAAGCAACGGCUGGAGGAUCGGUGCAGGACGCUCAGAGACGCACUGGAGAAACUCCCAACAUCUGAGGGUCUGUCAGUGAGAUCUGAACGACCUUCAGUUUCUCCAUUUAAAGAUGAAUACACCAGCGACAGCAGUUCAGACUGGAGUCAGCGGACCGGUUAUGAUAUCAUACAGCAGGAGCUCAGGACGACACCAGAUGGAGCUCGCAGAGACGUGGAUCCUGAUGUCCUACCUGACAGAAUCAAGACUCUUCUGAGAGAGGUCCAUCAGGAGGGGAUGGAGGUUCUGUCUCUAUCUGAGAUGGAGCGGAGCGGUGAACAACUUCAUCCUCAGACCUGGAGUCUGGAGAGAGACGCUCUCAUCAACACCAUCGAGUCUUUAAAGGUCCUCAUCAGUAAAUUACACACAGACACACAGGUUGAUGGUGACUGGCGUGCUGAGCUCUUAUCUGCCGUCCAGCAGGUGUUUGUUCAAGAGCGAGAUGUGCUGAGAAACUUUCAUCAUUCUCAUCUGGACACCACUGAUGCUGUCGUUCAUCUCAAUCAGCUGGAGAGAAUCUUAACUGAACAGGAUGUUCGUCACAGGGAGUUUCUGGGUGUGUUGUGUUCUGCGGACAGAAAGAGUCUGAUCACAGAGAUCCAACAGCUCAGAGCUCAGAUCAACACACAGCACCACACUGUGGUCAACAGCGAUAUAACAGGAAACACAGAGAGAUCACAGACGCUGGAGUCAGAAGAUCUUCAGACUCAACUCAAACAAACUAAACUACAACUGGAAAAUUCAAUGAAGUCUCAAAACAAACUCCUGAAGGAUCUCGACACACUCAGGUCGGAGGUCUCGGUGAAGACGGCUGAGCUGGAGUCACUGAAUGACAGACUGGCAGAUGAACAGAAGAGAGUCAGAGAGCUGCAGUGGCUCCAUGAGAAAGACAAAUGCAAAGCUGACAGGAAACAGGAAGUAGAGAGAGAGGAAGUAGAGGACCUUAAACUGAUGCUAGAAGAACAGAGAGCUCGUGUGGUUGAGCUGGAGAGAGAGAGACAGAUCUCAGGCCAGCAGACAGACGGGCAACAGGUGUGUGAUGUCAGCAUCUCAGCAGAGCUCCAGGUGCAGUUAGAAGCUCUGAGAUGUCGAGUGGUUGAGCUCAGCAGUGCAUUAGAGAAAGAGAAACAUCUCAACACACAGCUGAUUCAACAGUUAAAGACGAGUGUCACACCUGCUGCUGGGUCACAUGACACGCUCAUGCAGGCUGAAGACACCUGCAGUCAGGUGGAGGCCGGCGUCCUCUCUAUGGAGUCUCUGCUGCAGACGUUGCAGUCGCAGCUGGCAGAGAAGCAGACGCAGACGGUGCAGCUGAUGGAACAGCUGGAGAGACAGAAACUGAACGAACUGCAGCGCAGACGAGAGUUCGAGGAGGAGAAAACCUCACUGUCUCGAUCGGCCACGCAGGACCAGAGCACGCUGCGGGCGGCUCGAGAAGGCACCGCUCGCUUGGAGAGACAGACGGACGAGCUGCGAGCGCAGCUGGACGCAGAGAGAGACGACAGGAGGAUGCUGGAGAGAGAGAGAGACAGGCUGCAGGAGAGAGUGAGACAGCUGGAAGAGAAACUAAGAGUCGUGGAGAAUAACCAGAGCACACAGACAGACGCUCAGUCUGCAGACCGAACCCGUGACUGGGUUUUGCAGCAGAAGACGGGCGAGACUCAGCGCGAGACCACAGACACACCGGCAGGUCAAAGUUCAGACCCUAAUCACGUGAGCAACAUACUGGGCCGACUGCAGCUCAUCGCUGCUAAGAUCAACAGUCUGACCAGUGAUGCCUCGGGCAGGUUAUCUGUAGAAGCAUCAGACCGUGACAGUCUAGCGUGGCUGCACAAUAACGUACAAGAUGUGAUGUCACUGUUACAGCAUAUCCCAUCAGCCCCGUCUGCUCUACCAGAAAGUGCCGGUCUUCAGGUUGGAGGAUCAUCCAGUCUGUUAAAUGAGCGUUUACUCAGACAGAACGCAGAACUGACCGGGUUUGUCAGUCGACUCACAGAAGAGAAGAACGAGCUGAGAAAUCAAAUACUGAGACUCGAGGAGGAACUUCACCGACUCAGACAGAAGAACUUCAGUACACUCACAGUGUCUCUCAGGAGCGGUGCGGAGCGACACGAGUCCCUGUUGUUUUCUAAUGAGCGAGAGUCUUGGACUCAAGAGAAGAGUCGAUUAGAAAAAUCUCUCCGUCAGGCCGAAUCGGAACUGAGCCGUCUGAGAGGAGAUAUUCGAUCCGAUACGCUCCGAGAUCUCACGGGAUCUGAUGUGGACAACAGCGCUCUCAGGAAGCUCUAUGGCAGAUAUCUGCGUGCUGAGAGCUUCAGGAAGGCUUUGAUCUAUCAGAAGAAAUAUCUGCUGCUGCUGCUCGGAGGCUUUCAGGAGUGUGAGGAGGCCACGCUGUCUCUUAUCGCCCGCAUGGGCGGCCGCCCCACACACACCGGUCUGGAGUCGCUCGGACGUCCGCGCAGAGGCUUCACUCGCUUCCGAUCGGCUGUGCGAGUCUGUAUCGCCCUCUCCAGGAUGAAGUUUCUGGUGAAGAGAUGGCAGAGAUCAGCUGGUGUUGCUUUCACCUCUCAGAUCAUCAGCAGGAACGGUCAGAUCACAGGUACAGAUGUGAGGAAUGAAUCUUCAUAUCUUCACCCCGGUGGUGUGGAUGUGUUUAGAGAGAGACGAACACCCAGCCGUGGACGUACAGGACGAGAGUCACCUCGAUCUGCAGCAUCCGUCCAACACCGGUAUCACAUCAUAGCAGGUGACUCUGGAGGUUUACCUUGUUCUCACCUGCAGAACUAUGACCCCGAUCGAGCUCUUACAGACUACAUCUCUCGUCUGGAGGCCCUACAGAGACGACUAGGAAGUGUGCAGUCAGGUUCAUCUUCAUACGCUCAGAUGCACUUUGGAGUCAGAAGAUAAAAGAUCUUCAUUUACAUUCAAUCUGGCUUAAAGAAACUCAGUUGCCUUCUUUUGUGCUGAGCUGCUGUGCUUUUGUAUUCUUACUAUAACGUGGACAUUUCUGUGGGACCAAAAAGACAUUUAGUUUGCGUAUCAUCUUAUAAUCCGGCUUUUUGGCAGCACUUGAAACGGCUUCAGUUUCUGUAUAUUAGUUGGAUAUUAUUUGUUGUUCUUGGAAAACAAUCCUGCUGUUAAUGUAUAUUUGUGGAAUGCUAAUUUAAAUGGAUUAUUUAAGUUGAAUGAAUUUGGUGGAUGGCGAUGAGGUCGGCUGCUAUCGGACUCUUGAUAACACACCUGCUGUAUGUAGUGAACACUAACCGAAAGACUUAAUGAAUGUUAUUUAUGAACGCGGUACAGAUGUGUGGCGUUAUCACAGAUCCUCUACACUGUGUUUUAUUAGCUCACAUGAACAGAUCACUGACGAGAUUUGUAGAAGACAUAUUUUUGUAAAGGUAGGAGCUUUGGAUUUUAUGGGUAUUUUGUCAAAACUGAAAUAAAGAUGAAUAUUUCAAAGCA